AUGUUAGGAGUUGGUCUGGCUUGGUUGCUGGGUUGGAGUAGUGAUAUAACUAGUGGUCAAAUGACUGGUGAUGAUGAUGAUGAUAACACUAAGAUAAACUGGGAACACCAUUGUGUUAACUCUGAUAAUGGUUGGCAGAUAACCUCGCGUGCAAUUAGAUAUGAUGCUAAUCCAGAGUGUUCAGAGAUGAAAUUUAAAGAGGGAGGUAUGCUUGGGAUGGGUGAACCAUCAGUUUAUUAUGUAACUAAGUGGUUGGAAUUGUUAGAACUUGGGUUGUUAAGUGAUUUUGAUACAAAGCGUAUUGCUACAAUGAUGAACAACUGCCGCCGAAUCCAUAGUCUAGAUGCUAAGACUUGUCCUAAUGAUCUUGAGAAAGACUCUCUAUUGUAUGCAAUAGAUAAUGUCAUAGAUGACAUUGAAAAAGGGCAGGCCGCAUGUCAACGCUAUAUUGUUGAGCUUGAAAAGCUAACAAAGAGUGUUGCUGGAAAGGAAGCUCUCUCUUCACGUGGAUCAUUGGAUUUGAGUCAGUAUAAAGACCUUCACAAUUAUGUUAGAGGUCUUAUACAGACUUAUAGUCCUUUCCAUAUUUUCUACUUUCCCGUCCUGUCAUUUGAUUGGGCUAAUGAUAAUAUCAAAAAAGCGUUUGAAACUUGGAAGCCGCUUAUCAAAAACUCAACUGUAUCCAACAUAGACCUUUGUGCUCAGAAACAACUCAGACACUUCUUGUACGAGAUGUUACGUCUGCAGGUGAUGCUCUCUAGCCUUUUGAAGCUUUCUAAUCCACCUCUAAGUGCUUAUUCUAUUAACCCUAUCAGUAAUGAUGACCAGAAGCACAUAGACGACAUUUUGAAACUAAACAUUGCUGCUAUGAUAAAGAACAUGCCAGCAGAUGAAGCUGCUGAGAAGGUGCGAAAGGAAUUAUCGGAUGGCUAUGGCUUAAAAGGUAAGUCUGGAUUGGUUUCUGUGCGACCUGAUUAUCUAAUGCGGUUGAGCAAUUCAUUUCCAGAUGCAGACGACAAUAAUAUGGUUCAAUUUACAGCUAAAGCUAUCCAGCAGCUAAUCGAUGAUUUGAAGAAAACAAGCGAGUGGUCUAUGCCUCUACUAGAUAAGAUAAAACAACUACAAGCUCAGUUUAAUGCGCAGUUAACAAAUACCACAACUACCUCUAGUAUUCAUGAGUGUGUAGAAUACCUAACCACUAACACUACUACUACUACUGUUAAUACUACUAAUGUUACUCCUAGUACUACUGAUACUCUUACUUCUGAUACUACUACUACUGAUACUGUUACUCUUACUGAUAAUACUACUAAUGUUACUCCUAGUACUACUGAUACUCUUACUACUGAUACUACUACUACUGCUGUUACUCCUAAUACUACUAAUGUUACUGUUACUACUACUGAUACUCUUACUGAUGAUACUACUACUGUUGCUGUUACUACUACUGAUGAUACUACUGAUACACCCAAUACUAGUCCUACCACACCGCAUAAUACCAUGUCAUCGUCUGCAUCCCCUCUCAAGUCCAGUUGGAUGCCCAAUUCUCCUAUCUUUCACAUACUCAUAAGCAGUCUGUUCUGGACCCGUCUCGCCCAUUUACUCGGACUGUCUCACUGA